AUGUCACACACACCAAUAACACCCAUGACAAAGAACAAAAAGUUACCUAUGAUUGUUGAUAUUGCAAUUGAUGAUAAUGGUAAACAAUUGUAUCAAAUUCAUGAAUCUUCAAAAUUUGUCAGGAAGGAAAUGCCAAAAUCAACUAAAUUCUAUCAAAACCAAGAACUAGUAGAUGAAGAUUUCCAAGAUAAAACUCCCAUUAGAAAAAUCUUAGGAACAAUAAGUCCAAGUACUUUGAAUAAGAAGAGUAGUGACGAUGAAGAUGAUCAUUAUGAAAAUUUCGAAAAUUUCCAACAAGGAGAUUUGAAAACUGAAAUAAAAGAUGAUUUUUUAAAUUAUCAGUUUGAUUCGCAUGGUGAUUCAAGUUUACCGGUAUCGAUCCCUCAAUCUGUACCAUUACCUGGAUCAUUACCCAAUUCAUUACCAGGUUCAUUACCUGGGUCAUUACCUAAUUCCUUAUCAGGAUCAUUAUCAGCUCCAACAUAUAAUGAAGAAUUUAGGGAAAGAUCUCAUUCUCACCCCAUGAUUAAAGAAGAUUUAAGUAAAUCUCAUGAUAUUUGGAGUGAUGAAGUUGAACAAGCAUUUGAAGAAGUUUUAUCUAUAAUUCCAAAGAAUGGUUUGAAUAAAAUUAAGAUAAGUGGUAGAUCAUGUGGUAGAAAUGAAUUAAUAUCUGAUUAUAUUUUAACCAAAACUGGGAAAUUUAGAACCAGAAAACAAGUUUCAAGUCAUAUACAAGUUAUUAAAAACUUGGGACAAAAACAUCAUAUCAUUAAAUUAAUCAAUGAAGGGCCAACUUUCAAUAAUGAAAGUGAUCAAGUAGAAAAUAUGAAAAAAUUCGAAGAAAUCUUCUCAAAAAUCAAUUUGAAUAAGAGUUUAGGAUUAAACAAGAAAAGACAAUUCAAUGAAUUGAACCAUAUUUUGAAAAAACCUAAAAAGAAUAGCUUUUCUGCCUCCAAUCAUGAAUUCUCGGUUGAAAACUUUUACAUGUCAGUUUAUGAUAAUUUAUUGACAAACCCUAUAAUAUUAUCAUUACAAAACAACCAAGAGAUUAAGAGUUUGAAAUUGAAACCUAAUGCCAAUAUUUCCAAUAGAUUCCCCGAUUUGAAUGAUUUCAAACAGUUUCCUAUAAUCCAUAAUUUAGUUAAAUUGAAUUUACCUAAUUUACCUAUCAAUUAUACUAUUGAAAAUGGAUUGAAGACCAAUUUUUCUAUCAAAUGUCAAAAUGAAGCUAUCAAGGAAGUAUCUGUGUUCACCAUUAUCUAUAAUUAUGGUAAAGAGUUUUUCAAAAUCAAUGAAAAUAACGUUCAAAUAAAUGGUAACAAUAAUUUCAUAUUGAAAUUUUGGAAGUAUUUCUUCAACAAUGAGAUUUUGAACAAUUCCAAUAACUUAAACCAUUUAACCAUUAAACAAAUUAUCUAUGAAAAUACCAAUACCAAUUCUACCAAUAGUUUAAAAUUACCAAAAUCGAAGAUAAAUACGAUUUUCUUAUGGGAAUUUUUAAAAGUCAACGAUUUAAAAGACGCCAUCACCACCACAUCCAAAUUAACAUUACCGGACGAGAUAACUGCUCAAGAAGUUCAAUAUUAUGAGAAUUCAAAUGAAAUAAAUCCUUUGAAUCCUCAAUCUUUACAAGCUCCAUUACAAAGUUCAAUACCUUCAAUGCCUCAAUCAACCCUCAGUGCAGUACCUUCAUCUUCAACUACAAUGAACUAUUUACCAGAAAUGGAAGAAGACUUUUACGAUAAGAAACUUUCCAAACCUCAAUUGAUUCAAAAGAAAUUCCAAGCAUUACAAAAUGAAUAUGAAUAUUAUCCAUAUUACUAUAACGGUCAACCUCAACCUCAACCUGUUCCAGAGUCACAUCAUUUACAUUCUCAAAUCCCCAAUCCUCAAACAAUUCAACCUAUCAGUCAUCAGCAACAUGCUGGUCAAGCUGCUGGUCAACCCAUGGUUGAUUAUGAUUACCAACUUUUUUACGAUCCAAAUUAUUUAGAAUACUAA